AUGUUCUUUCUCCACAAUCUUGAGCGGAGGGUGACGCUGCACCCAUCCUACUUCGGCAAGAACAUGCACGAGUUGGUCACCACAAAACUAGUUAAGGAUGUCGAAGGGACAUGCGCCGGCGACUACUAUGUGAUCGCCAUUAUGGAUACAUUUGAUAUAUCUGAGGGGCGUAUCCUUCCCGGCAGCGGCUUGGCUGAGUUCACCGUUGGCUAUCGUGCUGUCGUUUGGAGGCCGUUCAAGAACGAAGUGAUCGACGCAAUCGUUACCACUGUUAAUCCUCACGGCUUCUUUGCCCAAGCAGGCCCUCUCCGGCUGUUCGUCUCCACUCAUCUUAUCCCGGACGAGAUCAAAUAUGAUGCCAGUGCCACCCCACCUCAAUUCACCAAUAAUGCUGAUAUCGUAAUCGAACAAGGCACACAUGUGCGUGUCAAGAUCAUCGGCCUGAGGACUGAAGUUGGUGAAAUGUGGGCUAUUGGCACCAUCAACGGGGACUUCUUGGGGUGUCUCCAAGCGUGA